GGAAUUUAAAUUCGAUGCUUCCACUGUGCUUAGAAAGCCUAUCUCAGUUUUCAUGUCUGAGACAUUACCCCGAAAUCCGACCAUAUUAGAACGAGUAAUUGAAAUAAUUGACGAACUCGGAGUGGCCAGCGCAAAAGCUCAAGGCCUCCGCCAUCCAGUGACGACAACCGACAAGCUUCAAUCAAAUCCCAAUCAUCGAAUUUAUAUUAUGAAGCAUGAAGAGGUUUGCGCGGGUUCCAACUCUGCUGUGAGCGGCGUCCUGGGGACUUCAGAUCCAUUUGGAGAGCCGCACGCGAUGAUGACUGGACGGACGAACACAAAGGUCGUAGGCAUGAUCAAGCUUGGAGUAAAAAAUUUAUUCGUGAUGGAUGAAUUUGGCCGACAUCUUCAGAUUAGUCCGCUAUGUGUUCUUGACAUUUAUGUCCACGAGGCCUACCAACGGAAAGGAUAUGGGAAGCGCCUAUUUGACUAUAUGUUAAUGAUUGAAAUGCAAAGACCAGGCCAUCUUGCGUAUGACCGCCCUUCUCCUCGCUUGCUAGCCUUCUUAAAAAAGCAUUAUGGACUUUACGAAUAUAUUCCACAGGUCAACAACUUUGUAGUGUAUAAAGAAUAUGGACUGGGUUCCUUACAGCCGGACAGAACCGGACGAGUCAUCAACACUCCACCACAUGCCACGAAGCCUCUUCCAAACGGGAAACAAACAGGCAGAUCCGAUGCCAACCCGAUCACAAAUGGAUCUUGGCAUGUAAAAGACUAUCGAUGUCGAAGAGGGUAUUCAAGAGAGGCUAUCACCAGGGAUGGUCACCAUGUCCGCCCGCAAUUGCCCGGAAACGUUCCCAAUCUGUCACAUCCGGUCAAUCUUCCCACUCCGCAACCACCAAAAUCCACCACGCCGGAACCACCAACAGAAUCAAACACUCUUCACUCGCCACCAAAGGAGCUCCAGCAUCCACCUCGUCUUCCACCCCUACCAACCAAUCCUGAACCCCGCCAAGUACGACGAUCCGAACCUCAACAACAGCCGCACAAUCACCUUCCACCGCUUGAUGUGCCCAAUAUUAGUCCACCACCGGACUGGGCAAUUCCUCGAAGGCUUGGGGGUCGUCAUACUGGAAGCGAGUUGGCGACUAAAUAUGGGAGCUUUGUGCCGAGAAUGGACACUAUUGGAUCAGCAAGCUAUCCUAACAAAAAUUGGAAUAAGACACGACCCCGACGACAACCUGCUGUUGGAUUCUAGCGCUGCACGCACCAUCUUUUAUAAUUGUAUAAUAUUAUCUUUAAAUAAUUUCUGAGCGUAGAACAAAGAAUAUACGAAGCAGCAUAGCACGGCUGUAAACAAAAGACAUGUUACUACAUUGUAAGAUAAUCAUCAAUUG